UUUCGUAUUGUCAAGUACAACAAUCCCGCCCAUCGACGCUUACAACAACCCAAUGAACUCAGGACUCUCGCGAGCGAUUUGGUUCCGUCCCUUUUCUUAGUGCGCGUGCGCUGUGUUUCAUUCAGUAGCAUCUCCCUGUUUCUACACAACUCAUGCGCAUUUUAAGGCCCUUCUUGUCUCCCUCUCCAAAACGCCCUAACCCGUGGCGCAUGCGUACAAUAUAUCUCUAGGUUGUACGCAUGCGGCCGUUCUUUGGCUUCGGGAGAGUCUGCGGCGCGUGUCCAGUCUGCGGCGCAUGCGGCUUUCUUCUGCUUCCUCCCCGGUUCAUUGCGCGUGCGUUCCCUUCCCCAUCGCUCCCCUCCGUCUCUACGCAUGCGCCCGGGGUUCUCUCUGCCUUGGUUCCGGUCUGGCUCCUGCCUUGGGCGCCAUCUUGGAUUUGGGGACAACUGGAGUGAGUGAGUGAGAGAAGGCAGAGGAGCCCGAGGAGGCAAGCGAGGGGAGGGGGGGCCGGAUAGAGCCAGGCCCCCCAUCCCCACAGUACUCCACAUAACCCUCUUCCCUGCUGUAGAGGGGUUCCCUCCCUAUUCCUGUUCUUCUCCCCGUCGGGCUCCCUGGAUGUUAUAGAUUUUCUUUGGCUCCUAUAGGACCAUCCCACCCACCCCACCCAGUUCCCUCCUGCCCCCCAUCCCAGUUUCCCGUAAGGACCGUUGUGCAUUUUGCUUUAGGGGUACCAGACAGGAUCCCCACCCCAUCACCAUCCAUUAUCUGUGGGUUCUUUACAGCUUACCCCACUUAAAAUUUAUAGUAGGGGCUGCAACGUCCCGCUUAGCCCUCGUCUUCUUCCCUUUAUAGCUUCCCCCUUGGUUUCUAGUCAUCUAUCUGUAGGGCUUCUUGGUUGAUAUAGGUUUUUUUCCCCCGCCCCCAAUUUGGGAUUCUCCUCUCUUUCCCCGGAUAAAGAGCCUCCGUAGAACUGUAUCUGCCUGGAGACUCCUCUUUCUCCUUUUUAAAGGGAUGCCCCAAUCUCCUGUCCCUUCGGUGGAGCCCCCUGCACGUCUUCGCUUCUGCAGAUCCUUUCUCUUCUAGCCAAGCAAGAGAGGGAGAGACUCUAGAUGCCCUAUGUCUCCUACGCAGAGGCCUUCCUCAUCCAGGGGAGCUAGUGACAGUUCCCUCUGAACCCUCUUCCUUGAUUGGAGUUGGGGAAGAGGAGGAGGUCGGGGGUGUACUCCCCACCCCCAAUAUCCUGGAGCUGGAGCCGCAAGGGGAACAGUAUCAAGGCAGCUGCCGAGACUUACAGGAGAAGGGCGAAGGUGAGGCCCAGCCCCCUCCACGGCCGCCAUGCCGUCUAAUGCCCGGGCUGGCAGCUUGAAGGACCCUGAGGUGGCUGAACUCUUCUUCAAGGAUGACCCCGAAAAGCUCUUUGUUGACCUGCGGGAGAUCGGUCAUGGCAGCUUUGGAGCUGUCUACUUUGCCCGAGACAUACGCAACAAUGAAGUGGUGGCCAUCAAGAAAAUGUCCUACAGUGGGAAACAGUCUAACGAGAAAUGGCAGGAUAUUAUCAAGGAGGUGAAGUUUCUGCAAAAGCUGCGGCACCCAAACACUAUUGAAUACAAGGGCUGCUAUCUACGGGAACAUACAGCAUGGCUGGUGAUGGAAUACUGCCUAGGCUCAGCCUCAGACUUGCUGGAAGUGCACAAGAAACCACUGCAGGAAGUAGAGAUUGCAGCCAUAACACAUGGUGCCCUGCAGGGGCUUGCAUAUCUGCAUUCGCACAACAUGAUCCACAGAGAUGUGAAAGCUGGGAAUAUCCUGCUGACUGAGCCAGGCCAAGUAAAGCUGGGAGAUUUUGGCUCGGCCUCCAUCAUUGCUCCUGCUAACUCCUUUGUUGGCACCCCUUACUGGAUGGCUCCCGAGGUGAUCCUAGCCAUGGACGAGGGGCAAUACGACGGCAAGGUGGAUGUCUGGUCACUUGGCAUCACAUGCAUCGAACUUGCGGAGCGCAAACCACCUCUGUUUAAUAUGAAUGCUAUGAGUGCCUUAUACCACAUCGCCCAGAAUGAUUCUCCGCUGCUCCAGUCCAGUCACUGGUCUGAAUAUUUCCGGAACUUUGUGGAUUCAUGCCUGCAGAAGAUCCCCCAGGACCGCCCCACCUCUGACGUGCUGCUCAAGCAUCGCUUCCUCCUGAGGGAGCGGCCCCAGACGGUUAUCAUGGACCUGAUUCAGCGAACCAAGGAUGCUGUGAGGGAGCUGGACAACCUGCAGUACCGCAAGAUGAAAAAAAUCCUCUUCCAGGAGGCACAGAAUGGCCCAAAUGCAGAGGCGCCAGAAGAGGAGGAGGAGGUGGAGCAGUUUCUCCACCGGACAGGCACCAUCAACAGCAUGGAGAGCAGCCAUUCGGUCCCCAGCAUGUCCAUCAGUGCCAGCAGCCAGAGCAGCAGCGUCAACAGCCUGGCAGAUGCCUCAGAUGAUGACGACGGGGCCGAGAUUGCCAUGAUGCAGGAAGGCGAGCACACGGUCACCUCCAACAGCUCCGUCAUCCAUCGCCUCCCGGGCCAUGACAACCUGUAUGAUGACCCGUACCAACCUGAGAUGGAACCCCAGAGCUCAUCAUCAGCUGCUCGACGCCGUGCCUACUGCCGCAACCGAGACCACUUUGCCACCAUUCGUACGGCUUCUCUGGUGACUCGCCAGAUCCAGGAGCAUGAGCAAGAUUCAGCGCUGAGGGAUCAGAUGAGCGGCUACAAGCGGAUGCGGCGCCAGCAUCAGAAGCAGUUGCUGGCUCUGGAGAACAAGCUCCGGGCAGAGCUGGAUGAGCAUCAGCUGCGGCUUGACAAGGAGCUUGAGGCCCAUCGUAACAACUUCUCCGCUGAAGCUGAGAAACUGGCCAAGAAGCACCAGGCUAUUUUUGAGAAGGAGGCAAAGGCAGCCCUGGCUGAGGAGAAGAAAUUUCAGCAACAUAUCUUGGGCCAGCAGAAAAAAGAGCUGGGUAACUUGCUGGAGUCACAAAAGCGCCAAUAUAAGCUACGCAAGGAGCAGCUUAAAGAGGAGCUGCAGGAGAACCAGAGUACACCCAAGCGCGAGAAGCAGGAAUGGCUGCUGAGACAGAAGGAGAACAUGCAGCAUUACCAAGCGGAGGAAGAGGCCAACCUCCUGCGCCGCCAGCGGCAGUAUUUUGAGCUGCAGUGCCGCCAGUACAAGCGCAAGAUGCUGCUGGCACGCCACAACUUGGAUCAGGACCUCUUGCGGGAGGAGCUGAACAAAAAACAGACACAGAAGGAUCUGGAGUGCGCCAUGCUUCUGCGCCAGCAUGAAUCUACACAGGAACUGGAGUUCAGACACCUGCACACCGUCCAGCGCACCCGCACCGAGCUCACCCGCCUGCAGCACCAGACAGAGCUCUCGAACCAGCUGGAGUACAACAAGCGCCGUGAGCAGGAGCUGCGCCAGAAACACGCCAUGGAGGUCCGGCAGCAGCCUAAGAGCCUCAAAGUAGGUGCUACCUACACCCCGCCUUGCUGCCAGUGGUGCCCUGAAGGGCAGGAUGAAAGGGUUCUGGAGCCAGGGCAGGGGCACCCAGGGGUUGUAGAAAUGGACACACAUGAGGACGGAAGUCUAGAGUCUGUACAGGACCACUCAGGUGGGCCUGGUCCCUGUGACUGUGCAGCUGGGGUCCAGAAAUGCCUGGCAGAUGCAGAAUCUAAAUGCGCACACAUGGGGCCACUAGACCCAAGAGGACAUGAAUCGGCUGUUUUGGAGUCAGGCCGUCCUUGUCACAGUGAUCUAGGCCGAUGCAAACAUAUCGGAGAGUUUUUGGAGCCAACUGGUGGCGGUGUAGACGCAGGAAUAAAAUGUCCAAACCUUUUAGGGAAGUGUACCCAUGAAAUAGGGAUUCUGGAGCCAGAGCUAGACUGUCAUGGGCACAUGGUUCUAGAGCAUGGCCAUGAGGAGGAGGAGGAAGAGGCUCUAGAGCUGGAAGCAGUGUGUAUCGGGGCUCUUAUACAGGACUGGUCACAAAAGGGAGUUGGAGAUCUUCAUGAGUGUUCUGGGGAUGUAAAGCCAGAUUGGCAAUGCCUGGCAAGUGUAAUUCCAGACAGACAGGAAGCUACAGCUCUAGAGCAGAGGCUUGGGCUGGAUGGGAAGGACAAUGAAGUCCUAGAUCCAGAUAGAAAAGAAGAUCAGAUUCUAGAUUUCAGUGGAGCAAGCUUGAAACAGAAAGAGCUUUAUGAAGAGGGAGCUGCUGAUCUAGAACUACACCAGAAGUUUCUUGGCUUGCAGGAUCACUUUGGAGAGAGUUCUGGGGUUCUGCUACCUGUCCGGGGGCGCUCAGAUGUUCCAGAGCCUGAUGGGCAAGAGGCUGAUAAGCUAGACCCAUUUGCAUGUGAAGAUCAUUUGUAUCCUCAUUCCUUACCCCCUGUCUUAGAGGAGGGAGCCCUGCGAGACCCAGGGGAUGGCUGCCCAGCCCCUGAAGACCCGUACAGUCAGCAGGCCAGCAGCAAAACCCGCCCUGUCCCACCUCCAGUGGCAGCCAUUUUGCCUCAUGCUCUCUGUGUGGUCUUGGCAUUGCUAGUCUCUGCCUAUCCAUGUGCCCCAACUCUCUUGCUGCUCCUUGCAGCACUGUGGGCGCAGGGUGGAGGGUUUCAGGAUAUCCUCCUGGCCCUUGAAGGGGCACUGGUGGGCCUGGGGGUGACAUACACCUUGUUGCACUCUGUCUUCCUCCUCUCUGGAGCAUCCUUCCUCCUUCUGGCCAAGAUGGCAGGAGUGGUGGGUGUGGUGGGGCUGAGUGCCAGCAGGGGUCGCCUGUAUGUUCCAGUCAUCCUCCUGGCUUCCUACCUUUUAGCUUCUCCCUGGCUUUUCCUGCCCCUUUACCUCUUGGGGGCCAUUGCAAGGCACAACCUGAAGGGACUCCCCCGCCGUGCCCGCCGUUUUUGGCUCCUGGUUCUCCUGCGUCUCCCACGCCCAGCUUUCCGAAUCCUCCAGCGCUUGGGGCUGGUUACCGAGCAGGGGCUAUUCCACCUCUUCCCCAAAACCAACAAAGGUGGCUUCCGUAGCCGCAUCCCAGUGCUGUCACGGCAGCCCCAGCCAGCCCUACCCUGGCACCGCAAGGCUGCAGCCCUUCUCGCUAAGCCAAUUUGCAACAUCAACAGGCUCCUCACUGAGGUGAUUUGUGCUCAGCUGCCUCCUUCAGCCCUGCAUUGCCUCAAGGGGCUGCAUGUCCUGCGGGAGGAAAGGCCUAGCCGCAUCCCCCAUCUGACAGCCAGGCCCAGAGGGCAUUCCAUUGGGUCAGCAAGGCGGAGUAGUAGAAGUCAUCGUGGGCAAGGAAGCCAGCCUGUCAGGAAACCCUGGAGAUAAACAACCCUGUGUUUGCUCAGAAGGGGGCUGCCCUGAUCUGAGUUUUCUGCACCCUAUUCUAAAAUUGUGAAAUAGUCUAUUCCAGUGGAAUUCUGGCAUCCUGGUCCUCUGUCUCAGACACAGAAUUCUGCGAGAUGACCCAGGCAGAGCCACUUAACAGUAUUUACUCUGAAAACCACUUCUCUCCAUCUGGCGUGUGUUGUUGGUAUAGAGAGUCCAGUGGCAUGGGGGGAUAAUUUGAUGUCUUAAUGCCAGGGAGCCCUGGGCCUUUGAUAAAAGGAGGUUUGAGUUGUGGGAGGUUCAGAAGUUUGUGCCAGCUCCUUAUUUGUUUACACAUUGGGGGAGGGGCGUUGUUGUGUGUUCAUUAUCCCAACGAGGAAAGAAUCGCCUGACGCCCUUUUGAGCUGGCUGUUUGGGUGGGUUGAAUAUUUUUUGGUGCCCAUACAAACUGGCUGGGAGAAGAUGGGGAGAUGUUGGGAUGCAGGUGAAGCUGAAGGGAUCCAAGCCCCUUAAACCUGAGGUGUGAGAUGCAGGUGUGCUAGUGUAUUUGCAGAGUCAAGGUUGACAAAUCCUGAUUCAGUGCACCCCAAUGAAAAGAGUAGUUUGAUAAGGGGGCAGGGGCUGCAGGUUUGCAGACUGCUCCACUCCUACAAACACUUUUUAGUCUCCCCCCCUUUUUUUUUUUAGGUUCAGGCACUGUUUUUCCCAUUUUAAACGUACUUUGAACAAUGAGGGGACACCUGUGGUCCUCCAUUUUCUGCCAACAUAGAAGCCCCAAAGAAGUUAUAGGGUGUUGGGGCUCAAUGCUACACUCAUCAAAAUAAAUGGGGUUCUGUUCAUGAUCAACUCCUGAAAAGUUCAGGAUCCAAAUCCCUUGAAAUAUUACCGUUCUCUCCCACUGAACCUUAUUUCAAUUGACCUGGAAACUUAUGAAACUUAAAGGGGUGUACAUAUUUCAAGAAAUCAGACUCUUCCCAGCUCCUGCGGGCUUAACUAAUUUUAGGUGAUUCUUUCGCCGUUAAUAUAUAUAUUUCCACCGUUUUAUAAAUAUAUAUAUUUAUCAUUUUCCACCCUAUUUGUAACAUCCCCUUCACUUCAUUUUUUUUUGUUUUGACUUGAAUGUAUAUAUUUCAAGGUGACUUUUAAUUUUAUGUUUGUGUAUGUUCAUGAUUUUUUGCUAAGUUUUAUAUAAAACCAGUCUUUGUGGGGAGGGAGAAAAAGGAGAUAAUGUGAGAUUUUAAAAAAUAUAUAAUUUGACUGAAAACGGGAGAAAUUUGCAAAGAAAAGAAAAGCCAGCAUUUUUCAUUUGAAAGCACAAUGGGCCAGUCAGUAACCUCUUUUUUUGUGUGCUUUUUUAAAAAAAAAAUGUGACUGGAAAUGAGAAAUGUUCAAACACCACAUCCUGGGACUUUGAAAUAAUGGCUAGGGCUUUAACCAAUUUGCUUUAGUGUAGGCAGUUGCUAUGUUAGUCAAACAAAACAAAGGAGAUAAAACAUCAUGUACCUUUACUGAAUUAAUGUCUGUGCAAAUAUGGGCAUAUGCAAGCUUUAAAAAAUGUAUAGAAAAGAAAAGCAAAUCCCUAAAUAUUGGGACUGUUGGGCGUUUUCCAGACAGUGAACCAGCCUUCUAUAUAAGUGAGAAUUUAGACCAUCUCCAUUCUGUGCAACUUGUUGAAUCACAGAUGCAGCUGUAGGGAUAACAGUGAUGCCUAAACCCAGCCUUUCCCAACCAGUGUGCCUCCAGAUGUUGUUGGAGCACAACUCCCCAUUACCAACGGCUGAGGCUGAUGGGAGUUGUGGUCCAACAACAUCUGGAGGCACACCGGUUGGGAAAGGCUGCCUUAACCUCUCCCCUUUCCCGGGGAACCAGCUGUGGCACCUUCCCUACCCCAGAAUCUGGUAAAGUAAAAGCAACAGAAUUCUGGACAACCGAAAAGCUCCUUUAGUCUUACACUGAUUAUACUCACGGCAUUAAAAAGAAUUACCUUUCCAGUUUAACUCUCUAACCCAGCCCUUCUCCAACCUUGUGCCCUCCAGAUGUUUUGGACUACAACUCCAGACAGUGCUGACUGGGUUGUUGGAAGUUGUAGUUCAAAACAUUUGGGGGGCACAAGGUUGGGGAAGGCUACUCUAACCAGGUAGGCUCCAAAACACUGCAAAGUAUCAGUAGAGUUCAUAUGAAGAGCUUUGCUCCUAGAUUUUAUUUUAUUUUUAUUUUGUUUUUAGGAAAUAAAAGCGGGUCCAUAUAAAAGCUGAUCUAUGAACACACUAAUAGUCAAAUAGGCACAACAUUUCCAGUUAUUUUUUAACCCAAAUUGGGAUGGUUGAGCUUGAAUAUUUUUAAUUUUCUUGACCACAAAGAGAGUAAUCCCAGACACACCAACUUUGAAAGUAAAUCCCAUUUAUUUCAGUGGUUUUUACGUCAAAUAAAUUUGAUUAGAUUCACGGACAGAGCUAGGAUUUUUCACAUUUCUGUCGUAUGCCAUGUUUUGUGCUGUUAAAUCAUUUUGGAACUAAUGGCCUACAUUUCCGGUUUAGUUGGUGAUUAAUUUUUAAAUUGUUUCCUUUAUGCAUUUUUAUAUAUAUUUUCCCCACCUUGUAGUAAUCCGAUUAUGUUGCUACAACUUUUUUUAGCCAGUCUGAGAUUAUCUCUAACUUUGUUUUAAUUCUCCAUUGAACUAUCUGAUUUUGGUCACGUUUGUGCGUUAAUCAUUUGCCCUGCAUUUCUCCCUUUUUUGGUUCACCUGUCCUCUUUUUAUUUAUUUCCAGUUUUGCUUAAGCUGUGGAUUAAUUUUUUUAUCAUUCCUCAAUAUAUUUUUGGCCAAACUUAUUCUCAUUCAUCCAGAUUCUGUUUUGACCAUUUUAAUAGUGUAUUUGUAUUUCUUCCCAUUUUUGUGUGUGUGUGUUUGAGCUGUGGUUGUUUUUCCUUUUACCCUCCUUGCAUAUUUUUUUAUUUCUGUGUUAAAUAUUUUUAAUUUAUUUCUCCUAUUUUGUGGGGGAAGGUAUUCAUCUGUGGUUUAUUUAUUUCUCCCUUCCCUGUUGUGGAUGCAUGUGAAACUUUGAAGGAAAAUAAUAAAAAUAAUUCUGCACCACACCUCACCAUCUCUGUAUUGUGAGUUUUGAGUUUG